AUGAGAAAACAACGAAAAACUGAUUCUGUCGACUGCUGGGGCGGUGAGGCACAAGGCGUGCUCGCUCUAGUCACCAGACACGCAGACGCUUCACACUUUUGGCUCAACGAAGGUUGGACGACCUACAUUGAGCGCCUCCUCAAGCAGAUAUUGCAUUGUCUUGCUCACCAGGGAUUCUCUUUCUUGACCGGUGCGAAGGACCUUUACGACGACCUCAAGUUUUAUGAGCUGCGCAACAAGAAGUAUCGGAAAUUGCGGAUUGAGUUUGAGAAGGGCGAAAACCCCGACGACACCUACAGCUCAGUACCGUACGACAAAGGCGCUAAUUUCCUCCUUCACAUUGGGUUUCAGAAUGGACAUUAG